UUUGGUAUUAGUCAAUUGGAUGGAAACCCAGAAGUCGCCCAACCGGAGCGCUCUUUGUUCAUUCCCAUCCUCCAUAUAAACCGUGCUCGAGUCAUGCUGAGACAUUUCUAGGAAUCUUAUUGAAAUCACAGAGAUAGAGACAAAGAGAUGGCAAUUGGGACGAUGGAGGUGCUGCUGGUGAAUGCGAAAGGCCUUGGUGACACUGAUUUCUUCGGUCGCAUGGAUCCGUACGUUCUGAUACAAUUCAAAAGCCAAGAGCGCAAGAGCAGCGUGGCCAGAGGUGAAGGUGGAUCUCCGGCGUGGAAUGAGAAAUUUACAUUCAGGGUAGAGUAUCCAGGAGAAGGUGACCAAUACAAACUUAUUCUCAAGAUAAUGGAUAAGGAUACAUUCUCUGCUGACGACUUCAUUGGGCAAGCCACCAUCUACGUGAAGGAUUUAUUAGCAGUAGGAGUGGAGAAUGGAACUGCCGAAUUACAUCCUCGCAAGUAUAGCGUGGUUCGCACUGACCAAACUUAUUGUGGAGAGAUUGAAGUUGGUGUCACCUUCACCUUAAAGGUAGAAGAGAACUACAGUGAAGAGGAGCUUGGAGGAUGGAAGCAAAGCCACCACUACUAGUUCUCUCCCCUCUCCAGUUUGUUCCACAUGGAAUUUUAAGAGUUCAUCCACUGGAUUUCGUUAAACUACUGAAGAAUUAACAAUGAAACUCUUUUUUUUAUCUGUCAAUAUGUAUUUUUUUUAUUAGUUUCAUGCUCCAUUUGAUCAGUGACGAUGGAUUUUCUUAGGGAUUUUCUUUGGACUGAAAGUUGUAAAGCCGUGAAGGGUUCAAGUUCGAGUACUGAGUACUUUUGUAUGUACGAAAUCUUAAACUCCAGACCAGACCUCAAAUUAGAAAACAGUUCUCAGAUCA